UCAGACCAAAAAAACAGAGAGAGAGAGAGGAUAAUCUUCUCGACCCGGACACCCACGAGGAUGACCCGACCGGAAAUCUGUCUUCAGACUACGUUACGGCGGCGCAGCUGGCCCGUUCAACUCGCCUUAUCAACGCCGACCUCUCUUAUUGCUUGGUUCGGCCCAUCUUGGAACGAGGAAGGAGAAUCAAAGCUCCAUAGCUUCCGGCUUUCCUACUGUUUUAGGCAAUUUCCAGCGAUUCCGGCGACAAUUAGCCAUGCAUGAGAUAAGUAACUUGGUCUAAUCAUCGAGGUCUACAUCUUCAUAUAGUUAGUUUUCAUUUUAGGUUAAGUUUUGAAGAUUUGGGUGUUUGGGAUUUCCGGCCACCGCCGAUUCCCUGUUUUUGCUUCUUCUUCGGUCCAAUUUGCUUCUGAAUUGUGCAUUGCAACAAGAAAUUGCAAUUUGGAAUCAGUGAAAGGGGUGGAACGGUGUCUCCUCCGCCGCACCCCCUCGCGCGACCUCCGCCACCGUACUUUAAUUUCUUUGUUUCGAUUGAGUUUCAGAAUAAUAAGUUUUUGGGUUGUUGAUUUUUUCGUUGCGUUGAAUUUUGGGUUGUUGGUUUCAAUGGCAGAUUUCGGGGGCCGAGAGAGAUGUGCAUAACCAGAUGCAGUUAGAUAACCGCGCGUGUUGGUCACUCGCGGAAUUACGGCUUGGUGCAGGCGGACUUUGGUGACCACAGAAUACUCUUUGUGCAGCAGCUAGUCAAGCUAGUCAAUGGAUCUAAUUAUCAGUGCGGGCCCUAUGGAGUGAGGAUUGAUGUAGGAAAUUUCCUACCAAUUUCCCCAGAUCGUGACUUUCAACCUGGUCAUCGAGUACAGCGGUUCGUUUGUCUUUCAUUAUUAUAGUGGUGGGUUGCUCCAUCUGAGACUGAGAGGUCACCUAUUAUUCACACUUUUGAGUCUCGGGAAGACAGGUCGCCGAGGACUACUUUUUCCAUGGCUGUGAGGUUUCAGUGAUUAUCUCACCACAAGUUUAUUUCGUACUGGUCCGUUCAUGUCUUAAGAGUUUUCUAGUUGAUAGUGGAUUACAAAACCAGCUAGCUACCCCUAUAGCAUAUACGCAUUAGAGAAGAUAUGCAUAGUUAGCUCCAUAUACUAUACUGGUACUCCAUAUUUUGGUGACGGCCGCGCCUAUAUCCGCUUCAAGUUUCCACAGCAGGUACAAGUGAACUUUGGUAUUUGACUAUUUGUGCAUGCUUGUAUCUUUACACAAUUUCUUCAACUUGGAACCAUGUCUAUCCCACAAACACAACAUGUAUCACCCGCAGCAACCGGCGAUUCAGCAACUGGAAUAGGCAACCAAUCAGCAGACAUCACCAUCGACAUGUCAGCUGAUUCGGCUCAACCUAACAGACCUUUGUCUUAUUUACUAGUACAUACAAUGAGAGAAGAAUACCUUAAGACAUGUGUUUCCCUCUAUAAGCAUGCACUAAAAGGGGAUUGGGAAGCGGCGGAACGAAUCUUGAGAAAGGAUACUAUACUUCUGAGAGCAAGCAUAUCUAGAGGAUAUGAAACAGUCCUUCACGUUGCAGCAGGAACAAGCCAUAUUCACUUUGUGGAGAAACUGGUCAGCAUGAUGGAAGUAGAAGACUUGGCACUGCAGGACAUAAAUGGAAACACUGCCCUGUGCAUUGCUGCUGCGGCUGGAUCUCUAGACAUUGUCAAGAUUUUGAUACAAAAGAACAAGUCUUUGCUAACAAUUAGAGGCGGUAAAAAUAUGGCACCAGCUUAUAUGGCUGCUGUGUUAGGACAGUCCGAAAUGGCAUGUUACCUGUUGGAGAAAACCGAAAGUAAAAUGAUGUUGGAGAGAACCGACCGAGAAAACUUGUUCUUUUCUUGCAUCAACAAUUGUUUGUACGAUUUGGCCUUUCAGUUGCUAGAUGCUGAUAAAUCAUUAGCGAAGGCACGUACUAGUUCACAGAAAAAUAAAACAGCCUUGCAUAUCCUGGCUCGAAGACCUUCAGCAUUGGGCGGCAGCCAAAGUCCACCAAUGUGGACUAGACUCAUUAAUGCAUUCCUCCCAAGUUUGAAGUUCGAAUGCAAAAGAAAGUUGAGAGAAGCGAAUGGAGCCAUUCAACUAGUCCAGCACCUCUGGGAAGAAAUCUUGAGAGAUGAGCAUGAUGACGUGAUGAGGUUUAUCAAAUAUCCUUCAAAUUUAUUAUUUGACGCAGCGGAAUUAGGGAAUUAUGAGUUUUUGGCAAUGCUUAUGAGCUCUUACCCCGAGUUAGUAUGGGAAACUGAUGAAAAAAAUCGGACCAUAAUCCAUGUCGCAGUUCUGCAUCGUCACACAAGUAUCUUCAAUCUAGUGCAUGAAAUAGGCUCAAUCAAAGAUGUCAUUGUGACAUAUGAAGAUGAUCAAGGUAACAACAUUGUGCAUAUGGCUGCAAAAUUAGCACCUCAAAAUCAAUUGAAUCUCGUGUCAGGCGUAGCAUUUCAAAUGCAUCGAGAGUUGGUAUGGUUUGAGGAAGUCAAAAAGAUUGUCCAACCUCAAUUCAUCGAGAUGGAAAAUGAUGAAGGAAAGACACCUCAAGAAUUAUUUACUGAAGAGCAUACAGUGUUAAUGCGUGAAGGAGAAAAAUGGAUGAAGGACACUGCAACUUCAUGCAUGCUCAUUGCGACUAUUAUCGCAACCGUUGUAUUUUCAGCUGCAUUUAGCAUACCGGGUGGCACAGAUGAUCAUACUGGAAAACCAAACCUUUUGAAACAGAAAACUUUUCUAGACUUUACCAUAGCUGACGAAUUAGCACUCUUUUCCUCUUCAACUGCAAUGUUGCUGUUCUUGUUCAUCCUUACCUCGCGGUAUGCAGAAAAUGAUUUCCUCAAGUCCUUACCCUUGAAGUUGAUGGCAGGACUCACUUGCCUCUUCAUAUCUAUAGCAUCGAUGAUGAUGGCAUUCAGCACCGCCUUCUAUCUAUCUUGUCAAUACGAAUCAAAAUGGGUUUCAAAUUUUACAUUUUUAUUUGCGUUUGUCCCAAUUGCUUUGUUUGCGUUUAUGAAAUUCCCUCUUGUGUCUGACAUGUCCUCUUCUAUAUUUUGCUCAAGUCUACUAUUUCAGCCGUGGAAACACAUGCUCUACUAGAAGUCGGGUUGAAUGCUGUAGAAUAAUUUGGUCACAGCUACAAUAAUGAUGUAUAUAUAUGUAUUCUAGCUAGCAUAUGGAGUUGUAAUUAGAUUGAUCAUCGCAUUUUGUUCUAUGAAUGCAUAAAUGGAUGAACAUGUUGUACAAAGUGAAAUGCAAUCUUUGUGACAAAAA